AUGUCACAAGCACCUAACCCUACUCCGAAUAACUGCAUCGAGUUACUGCGAGGAAGCGUAAAUGCCCUGGUUCACCUCCUGUCCCCCCCACAGCGCGAAAACAUGUCGUAUGAGGAAAUGAAAGCAGCCUUACACACCAUCACGGUGACGACUGAAACGGCGUCUAGACUGGCCGAGGUCGCCCACCUCUACGCGUUAGCCGACCACAACUCGAGCCAAGGCGGGCCAGGGGGCGAUGUUCGCGGCAGAGAGGAUGUUGCGGCGGCGGAGGGGGAGAGGUUUAGGGCCGAGAAGAUCAAAGUGGGCGCGGAGACAGAGAAGCUUAGGGUCGAGACGGAGAGGUGCAGCGCUGGCACGGUCAAAGUGACCGCCGAGACAGAGAAGCUUAGAGCCGAGGCGGAGAAGUUUAGGGCCGAGGCGGAGAAGAUUGGUGCCGAGAUGGGCAAAGUGACUGCGGAGACAGAGAGGCUCAGAGCUGAGGCUGAGAAGUGUAGUGCUGGGACGGGCAAAGUGGUGGCGGAGGCGGAUAGGUUCAGGGCUGAGGCGGAUAGGUUAAGAGCUGAGACGGAUAAGGUUAGGGCUGAGACGGGAAAGGUGGCCGCAGAAUCGGGGAGGGUUACAGCGGAGGCGGAGAGGUGUACUGCUGGGACGGCCAAAGUGACCGCGGAGACUGAGAGGUUUAGAGCUGAGGCGGAGAGGUUGAGAGCUGAGACGGUCAAGGUGACUGCGGAGUCCGAGAAGCUUAGAGCUGAGGCUGAGAAGUUUAGAGCCGAGACGGUAAAGGCUAAAGCCAAGUCAGGCAAGUGA